AUGAAGCAAAUGCCUAUAAAACAGAUGAACCCUAUCGGCUUUUGUCUGGAACAACAUGGAGAAGAGACAACAAAUUGGAUGCAAUCUACAAAUCACGGCGAUACCGGUCUUGAAGUGAAGUCGAAUUCGUCGUCUGCUGAAUCUGUCACGCCAAAGAAGUCCACUUUUGUACUGCAGAAGGGUGCCCAGAAACGUUCACUCUCGGUUUUUUCGCCCAUACAGACUGUAGCAGUACAAAAACGUCCUAAAAUGUCAGACAUGAGUGAUGACAUGUUGAGUGACGAGGAUUCUGCUGAAAUGUAUCGUCAAGAGUUUGGUGAAGCUGACCAUGAACUCAUGUUUGAGCGUCUGAUCGAUGGAGCACGUGAAGAACAGCUUGAUAAGGAUCGCGAGGAGACUGUGGAAAACAUGGUGGAAGCUAGAGCUAUUCGGCAUAUCUCUCGAGGACUUCCUACUGUGAAGAAGUUGACUAUCAAAAAUUUUCGAAGAAAAAACGACGACAAGGCAGAUCUAUUGACCACCGGAUGGGGUUCUCUAGAGGAUAGUAUAAAUGCUAUACAAAAGAAACAACAUAUCAUUACUAGUCUGGAACAACUUUAUAAGGUUGUGGAAUCGUUAUGUGAGAACAAAAUGGCAAGAACGACAUACGACAGAUUACUUGAGAACGUACGGAAAUGGAUACGAGGAUUUAGGAGCGAUUUGAGUGAGAAAAUCAGUGCAGGAGGACUUGAUUUUAUGAAAGCUGUGGAAAGCUUAUGGAGUGAUUAUUGCCAACAAAUGAUCCUUAUACGCAAUGUAUUUCUGUAUCUUGAUAGGACGUUCAUUCUCGAAAAUAUCGAUGAGUCCCCAAUAUGGGAAUCUUCACUAGUGAUAUUCCGCGAAGAAAUCGUAACAUAUGGGUCCGUACUCAAGAAGCUAGUCGAUGGAAUUUUGGAAUGUAUAGCUGCAGAAAGAGCUGGAGAUCAAGUGGAUCGAUCACUACUUCGUGCUUUACUGCGUAUGUUGCGAACAUUGGAUUUAUACAAGCAGUCUUUCGAAGAAGAGUUUUUGACCAACACUGUCGCGCAUUAUACGUUUGAAAGUAUGUCGUUAGUGCGUACACUUGAGACCGUCGAAUUUUUACUCUAUAUCGAGCGAAGACUGAAAGAAGAGAACGAACGUGUUGAUUUUUAUCUGGAUGAAAGCACCAGAGCACCUCUUUUGACAAGAGCAGAGAAAUGCAUGAUUACAGACCAUAUGCAGGAUGUUGUGGAUAAUGGCCUCGCAACUUUAUUGACCGAUAAUCGUGUACAAGAUGUAUCGAGACUAUAUUCGCUACUGAAUAGGGUGGAAGGAGGUGUCGCUCUUCUGAAGACGGGAUUCUCUUCUUACAUCAAGCAAGUUGGUAAAGCAAUGAUAAUGGAUCCUCAGCGCGAUGCAACUAUGGUUGAAGAGCUCAUGGCUUUCAAAGACAAGCUUGAUGUAUUUGUGGAAAAAUGUUUCGGCAACGAAGACGAAAGGAUGAAGUUCGCACAAGCUGAGAAAGAUGCAUUUGAUUAUUUCAUCAACACGCGCGGCAACAAACCUGCUGAACUGAUUGCCAAAUAUAUGGAUGCGAGGUUGCGCAGCGCCAACAAGGAAGCGUCCGAUGAGCAAUUGGAUCAGCUUAUGAACAAAGUGAUAACGCUGUUCCGUUUUAUUCAAGGAAAAGACGUAUUCGAAGUCUUUUACAAGAAGGAUCUUGCGAAACGGCUGCUUCUUGGCAGGAGUGCGUCCGUUGAUGCAGAAAAAAUCAUGCUUAGCAAACUGAGACAAGAGUGCGGUGCUGGCUUUACCCAGAAGCUUGAGGGUAUGUUCAAGGAUAUGGAACUGUCGAAGGAUCUUGGUGUUGCCUUUAGAAAUUACACUUUGCAUGAAAGUUCAUUGGGACGUCUUGGGGAGAUUGUUGAGUGUAAUGUCAAUGUUCUAACAAUGGGACAGUGGCCGGCUUAUGAAACCGUACAAGUCACUUUACCGAAGCAGCUGAAUGCGUGUUUGCAACUUUAUGAGAAAUUUUAUGAUUCGCGACAUACGGGUCGCAAGCUCCAGUGGCAACCACGACUUGGUCAAUGCGUUCUCAAAGCGAAUUUCCGACCAGGGUGUGACAAAGAACUGAAAGUGUCGUUAUUCCAAGCAAUAGUGUUACUUCUUUUCAAUGAUCAACCAUCUUGGACAGCUGCCGAUAUCAUGAUGGCCACAAAACUAGAACAAAAGGAAUUUGUUCGAACAAUGGUAUCCCUGUCAUGCGCCAAAGUUCGUGUUUUGCACAAAACCCCGACAAACAAAGAGAUCAAUGACACAGAUGUAUUUACUGUCAACACAGAUAUGAAAGAAAUGCGUUUCCGCAUCCGUAUCUCAGAAGUACAAAUCAAGGAAACGGAAGAAGAAUACAAAGCGGUAGAAGAAGAAGUCAACCAAGAUCGACAGUACCAAAUUGAUGCAGCCAUUGUGCGUGUCAUGAAGACACGCAAAAAGCUCAACCAUCAGCUGCUGAUCUCAGAAUUAUUCGCACAGCUUAGAUUCCCGGUUCGAGCAGCAGAUUUGAAAAAACGAAUAGGCUCGCUCAUAGAGAGAGAUUAUCUACGACGAUGUGAUGAAGAUCCAAAUUCGUAUCAAUACCUGGCUGGCAAGGCUCCUGUUUUGACUGCUCCUUUGGUGCGCCGUUAUUUGUUAUGGAUCAGCUAUGACGGUUCACGGUUUCCAGAAAUGGCAACGGGAGGCACCGGUUUUGGCGUAGUUGAUAUGCUGUACCAGACCAUUUCCGAUGCAUUAUUUGGAUCAAGACCCGAUAAUAACCCUGUUUGCGACCUUCUCAAGCUUUCGCCUAGUAGCAGAACAGAUGCCGGUGUACAUGCACUAAGGAAUGCUUUGAUUUGUCAAAUCCCUUUGGAGUUCGCGACACUUGAUGCCACGCCCGAGAACAAGGCUUCUUGCUUGAGAAAAUGGAAUACGACUAUUGAGACCUUUGCACCAGGUGCCAUGCAAGUAAGCAACGUACACAGCGUAUCCGCAGGAUUUUGUGUCCGAAGGCAUGUUGCAUACAGGAAGUACACUUAUCGGUUAGCUGUAGUGCGGAACUGGGAUUUGUGGGAGUCACUGCAAGAGCAUCCUUCCACUGUUUGCUUUUCCGAGAAGGAUUAUGCUUGGCGACUUCCUCCAGGCUUUUCACCUGAAAAAGCGUCUGACGCAUGCAAGCUUUUCAUAGGAGAGCAUGUUAUGGGCUCAUUCUACAGGCAUACUGCUCGAGAUAAACGUAAAGAACGAAGUCCUCCCAGUGCCGUAAGGAAUAUCCUAUGCUGUCAGAUUUCCAAAGGUGCACCGUAUACGAUGGAUAACGAUAUUUAUGAUUACUACAAUGUCACUGUCGUGGCGCGAUCAUACGUUCGGGAACAGAUCCGUCGCAUGAUGUCCUGUGUGGUUUUUUGCGGCUACGAUCGUCUAAGCAUAGCAACUAUAAAGUGGCUUCUCAACAAUCCAGAUAGCCAAAAUUUCUACGGGAUGCGAAUUCCAGUAGCUCCGCCGCAAGGCUUGUUCCUUACUGAAGUUGUGUAUCCUACCGAAAUGUUCACGAACCCAUUCCCGUACUACCGUCAUGCAUGGGACUACCCAUUACAGAAGGAUUUGCUUUUUGAUGAAGACACCACAACCAGCUGAUCACCUCAAUAGUUGCCUUUUUUCUUCGUACAUUUGUUCAUAUUAGAUUUGAAAGGAUCUGUCAUAGUAGCAAAUCAUUUGUCUUACUGUUUUACAUCUUAUUGUACCUCAACAUUCCAUAUGGGUCAGUAAUUCUAAGAAAUUCAUGCCCCUUUGUUCCCUCCAUCUUCGCCAACUUGCAACACCUUGAGAUCUAAUUGAGGCCCGAGAUGAAAUGACACAUGUCACAGCAAUUUCUUGCCUCCCGACCGUCACCGCACGGAAAAUUCAGCGGAUAUGGUGCAAUCGAUGGCCAUUAUAUGCUUCCCAUUGCACUGCGAGGACGAUGCAGUCAACCUUGAAAUUGUCCAUUACUAUCGUUAUGUAUGCCAUAUCUCGCUUUCUUAUUUGACGAUUUACAUUGCUUUAGUGGUCUUUUUCUCCGGGAACAUCAUGAGUCAAUACUGUUGAACAUUGUUGUUGUGUUGUUAUUCGUUUUAUUGUAGAUGCUGAUUGCCAUUGAAGGAUAAAC